CUUCGGGUGGUCGCCCGGGUUACCAGGAGGCGGAGCCGCCGAGGCGGCUGUGGCCCGGAUGUCCGGGCGCUGCGGGAGGCUGAUCCCGGACCUUCUUCAGGGAAACCUGCAAGCGGCCAAUGGCUGUCGAUAUUCAACCAGCAUGCCUUGGACUUUACUGUGGGAAGACCCUAUUAUUUAAAAAUGGCUCAACUGAAAUAUACGGAGAAUGUGGGGUGUGUCCAAGAGGACAGAGGACAAAUGCGCAGAAGUACUGUCAGCCGUGCGCAGAGUCCCCAGAACUUUAUGAUUGGCUAUAUCUUGGGUUUAUGGCUAUGCUUCCUCUUGUCUUACAUUGGUUCUUCAUCGAAUGGUACUCGGGGAAAAAGAGUUCCAGUGCACUUUUCCAGCACAUCACUGCAUUAUUCGAAUGCAGUAUGGCAGCUGUCAUCACGUUACUUGUGAGUGAUCCAGUUGGUGUUCUUUAUAUCCGUUCAUGUCGAGUACUGAUGCUUUCUGAUUGGUACACAAUGCUUUACAACCCGAGUCCCGAUUAUGUUACCACAGUGCAUUGUACUCAUGAAGCUGUUUACCCGCUAUACACCAUUGUAUUUAUCUAUUAUGCAUUCUGCUUGGUAUUGAUGAUGCUGCUCCGACCCCUUCUGGUAAAGAAGAUUGCCUGUGGGUUAGGAAAGUCUGAUCGAUUUAAAAGUAUUUAUGCUGCACUUUACUUCUUUCCAAUUUUAACUGUGCUUCAGGCAGUUGGCGGAGGCCUUUUAUAUUAUGCCUUCCCAUACAUUAUAUUAGUAUUAUCUUUGGUUACUCUGGCUGUGUACAUGUCAGCUUCUGAAAUAGAGAACUGCUAUGAUCUUCUGGUGAGAAAGAAAAGACUUAUUGUUCUCUUCAGCCACUGGUUACUUCACGCCUAUGGAAUAAUAUCCAUUUCCAGAGUGGAUAAACUCGAGCAGGAUUUACCCCUUUUGGCUUUGGUACCCACACCAGCUCUUUUUUACUUGUUCACGGCAAAAUUUACCGAGCCUUCACGGAUACUCUCCGAAGGAGCCAAUGGACACUGAAUGUAAAAUGCCAAAAAACCUAAAAAGUGUUCUUAGUAAAAAAAAAUAUAAAAUGCAUUAAUACUCUUCUAUUGUACAUGGAGGUAAGAUUGGGUUUUGUUUUUCUGUUUUUGACUUAACAGACUUUAUGGUUAGACUUGGAAAAUACAAAAUGCUGUAGUAGUCUGUUACAUAGUAUAAUACACUGUAUACUUUAGCACUCUAUGACACUACAAGCAUGUUAGGAAGCACUUGCCUCCGGCAACAACUUAGUUAUUCUUUAAAGCAAAAUCAUGUUUCUCUAUUCCCUGACAAGUAUAAUCUGAAAUCCUUAGCAUUGGCCUAAUUGUGCAUGUCUGUUGUAUUUCAAUUUGUUGAUCAAGUAUAAUGAAUUAUAAGGACAAACAUACCUUGUGGGUCUGAUAGCAAACAUGGAAAUGAAGUAUGUUGUUUGUUAUUUAUUUUUACCAGUACAGUAUUUUGAUUAUAAAAAUAGAGUAUAAUUUAUAUAAUAGGUUUUCUGUUUAUAAGUAGUUUGGUUGAAGACAUCUUCUG